UCCACUACAAUCCAACGGCCAAGAUAAUACCAAUCCACAAGGUUCGUUCGCGUAUUUACACGAAUGCCACUAUGCCAGAAGCAUCUACUACAUGGUAGAAACUAGAAAAAGAAGACGCAGUAGCAGAUUCCCCCACCGUUUUUUGCUUGCAGAGCUUCCUUCUGCGUCUGUCUGUCUGUCUCUCUCUCUCUCUCUCUCGCUUUUUAUAUUGAUAUUGAAGCCAUGGGUAUAGCCACCUCAAUGAAGUCAUCCUCUUCCUGUUUGUUCGCUGCUUCUCGAGUCCGCUUCUCCUCGACUCUCUCCAGGCUAUCUUCGACGACGGCCUCGGCUUCUUUCUUCUCGAGAGCGUCCGUUUCGCUCGCCAAUCAUAAGCAUAGGUCUCUGAACUUCAUUUCGGCGCUUCGCUCGUUGAGAUGCUCGGCGCCGCGGUUGAGCCACGGCCUCAUCAACUGCAGGUCCCCUCUCAACCUCCGGUCGGAGGCCCGAGUCGCCGCUACUGUUAUCGAACGCCUCGAGCGAAAACUCUCCACUUCGGCUUCUGAACAUGCUUUCAAGGAAAUAUUGACCGGUCUUCCCAAGCCUGGAGGUGGCGAGUUUGGAAAAUUCUAUAGCUUGCCUUCUCUGAAUGAUCCGAAAAUUGACAAGCUGCCGUACUCUAUAAAGAUACUUUUGGAAUCUGCCAUACGUAAUUGUGAUAACUUCCAAGUUACCAAGGAUGAUGUUGAAAAGAUUAUUGACUGGGAGAAUUCAUCUCUGAAACAAGUCGAAAUUCCCUUCAAACCUGCUCGCGUUCUCUUGCAGGACUUUACUGGAGUACCUGCAGUGGUCGACCUUGCUUGCAUGCGGGAUGCUAUGAAGGAGCUUGGCAGUGAUCCUAACAAGAUCGAUCCAUUGGUUCCAGUAGAUCUUGUUGUUGAUCACUCUGUUCAAGUUGAUGUGGCUAGAUCAGAAAAUGCAGUACAGGCUAAUAUGGAGCUGGAGUUUCAGAGGAAUAAGGAAAGAUUUGCUUUUCUUAAGUGGGGAUCAUCUGCUUUCCAUAACAUGCUUGUUGUUCCUCCUGGUUCUGGAAUUGUUCACCAGGUUAAUCUGGAAUACCUUGGAAGGGUUGUUUUUAACACCGAUGGCAUUCUCUACCCUGAUAGCGUGGUCGGUACUGAUUCCCACACAACUAUGAUUGAUGGGUUGGGUGUUGCAGGCUGGGGAGUUGGAGGAAUAGAAGCUGAGGCAGCAAUGCUUGGCCAGCCAAUGAGUAUGGUGUUGCCUGGUGUUGUUGGAUUCAAGUUAUUGGGGAAACUGCGUAAUGGUGUUACCGCUACCGACUUAGUUUUAACUUUGACCCAAAUGUUGAGGAAGCAUGGUGUUGUUGGCAAGUUUGUUGAGUUUUAUGGUGAGGGUAUGGGUGAAUUAUCACUGGCUGACAGGGCCACUAUUGCUAACAUGUCUCCUGAAUAUGGGGCAACCAUGGGCUUUUUCCCUGUAGAUCAUGUCACAUUGGAUUAUCUCAAAUUAACCGGAAGAAGUGAUGAGACUGUGUCAAUGAUAGAAUCAUAUUUGCGUGCAAACAAAAUGUUUGUUGACUACAACGAGCCUCAACAAGAAAGAGUAUACACAUCUUAUCUGCAGUUGGACUUGGCAGAUGUUGAACCCUGUGUUUCAGGACCUAAGCGGCCUCAUGAUCGAGUCCCAUUGAAAGAGAUGAAGGCUGAUUGGCAUGCAUGUCUUGAUAAACAAGUUGGAUUUAAGGGCUUUGGUGUACCAAAGGAAGAACAGGAUAAGGUCGCGACAUUUCCAUUCCAUGGACAACCUGCUGAACUGAAGCAUGGUAGUGUGGUCAUUGCAGCUAUUACAAGUUGUACAAACACAUCAAACCCUAAUGUCAUGCUUGGCGCUGGUCUAGUUGCAAAGAAAGCCUGUGAAUUGGGUUUGCAAGUUAAGCCAUGGAUUAAAACAAGUCUUGCUCCUGGUUCUGGAGUUGUUACGAAAUAUCUGCACCAGAGUGGUCUGCAGAAGUACUUGAACGAGCUGGGAUUUCAUAUCGUUGGGUAUGGAUGUACCACAUGUAUUGGGAAUUCUGGGGAACUUGAUGAAUCGGUGGCUUCUGCAAUUUCAGAGAACGACAUUAUUGCUGCUGCUGUUCUUUCUGGAAACAGAAACUUUGAAGGCCGUGUUCAUCCAUUAACCAGAGCUAACUAUCUUGCUUCACCUCCCUUGGUUGUUGCCUAUGCACUUGCCGGCACGGUUGACAUUGACUUUGAUAAAGAGCCAAUUGGAACUGGGAAGAACAGAAAGAGUGUAUACUUCAAAGAUAUCUGGCCCAGUAAUGAAGAAAUCGCAGAGGUUGUCCAAUCUAGUGUGUUGCCUGGUAUGUUCAAGAACACUUAUGAGGCCAUCACAAAGGGAAACCCCAUGUGGAAUCAGCUGUCGAUCCCUUCUUCAACCCUUUAUGCUUGGGAUCCAAAUUCAACCUACAUUCAUGAGCCACCAUAUUUCAAGGACAUGCCUAUGGAACCACCUGGUCCUCAUGGAGUAAACAAUGCCUACUGCUUGCUCAAGUUUGGUGACAGUAUAACCACUGAUCAUAUAUCUCCAGCAGGGGCUAUCCACAAGGAUAGUCCAACUGCAAAGUAUCUCCUCGAGCAUGGAGUUGCUCCCAAGGACUUCAAUUCCUAUGGCAGUCGGCGUGGCAAUGAUGAAGUUAUGACGAGGGGUACCUUUGCCAAUAUUCGUCUUGUCAACAAACUCUUGAAUGGAGAAGUGGGCCCAAAGACAAUUCACAUCCCAACUGGAGAGAAGCUUUAUGUGUAUGAUGUAGCAAUGAGGUACAAGGCUGCUGGGCAGGAGACAAUUGUCUUAGCUGGAGAAGAGUAUGGGAGUGGCAGCUCUCGAGAUUGGGCUGCUAAGGGUCCAGCGCUACUGGGAGUGAAAGCUGUGAUAGCAAAGAGCUUUGAGAGAAUUCAUCGCAGCAAUCUGGUUGGAAUGGGGAUCAUUCCACUUUGUUUCAAACCUUGGGAGGAUGUAGACACUCUAGGAUUGACGGGUCAUGAGCGCUACACAAUAGACCUUCCAAGCAAAAUCAGCGACAUAAGGCCAGGCCAGGAUGUUACCGUGACAACUGACACCGGCAAAUCGUUCAUGUGCACUGUCCGCUUCGACACAGAGGUGGAGUUGGCAUAUUUCGAUCACGGGGGCAUUCUUCAUUAUGUCAUCCGAAACCUGAUCAAACAGUAAAUAAUCAAACUUCUUUAUCACCUAUCUCGCACCUUGUGAGCUUCUUUCCAUAGGAAUUUCCAGAGGGGUGAUGCCUAUCCUCUCUAGACAUCUGAAUGAUAAUUGUUUAUAACUUUCCCCCCUUUUUUACAGGCUUCGCAGCUAAGCUUAUAUCA